AUGAACAGUCCACGUGCUGAGUCACCACGUGCGACCGGUACAUCCUCUGCGUCUGCAGCGGGUACUGCGAGUCGUAAUCAAGACGAGUCUGAGAUAGAGCUCAUCUAUUCUGGCGAGUCGGAUGAUGCAUCCGACUCGAAGGCGACGCCUCAAGCCUCACGAUCGCCCGGGGCUGACACUGCAUGA